GUACUGUAAACCUUGAUAUUAUAUAUUUAUUAGUGUAUAUUAUGCAUUGCCUCCUCAAAAGUGUAAAAAUGGACUGAUCAAAGUGAGAUUGCUCCACGCCUGUCAUUGGUGCAGGUCACAUCAUUGUGAAAAGUGCGAGGAGGAAAGAAAAGACCGCAGCUCAGGUCAGAAACAAAAGGCAUCCAAAGCAAAGUGCUGACGGCAGACUGGGUCUGUGUAUAAAUACCCCCACAAAUGCUUGAACGAGUGACCGCUUGGUGGAUUCCCCUCAACGCACAUAGCUCGUUCUGUUGGGUCAGUCAGCGUUGAGAUUUACCUGAAACAAUGGCUCUAACAAACCCUGUGUCCAUGCCCAUGGGACCAUGGAAGAUCACCGUUUAUGACCAGGAGCAUUUCCAGGGCAGGCGUUGCGAAUUCACCUCUUGUUGCCAGAACAUUAUGGAGUUCGGAAUGGAGACCGUCCGCUCCCUGAAGGUGGAGUGUGGCGCCUGGAUUGGUUUUGAGCACACUACCUUCAAUGGCCAACAGUUCAUCCUGGAGAAGGGAGAUUACCCUUGCUGGGAGGCCUGGAGUGGCAGCAAUGCCUAUCGCAUUGAGAGACUGAUGUCCUUCCGCCCCGUGUGUUCUGCGAUGCACAAGGAUUCCCGUAUGACUCUUUUCGAGUGUGAAAACAUGACUGGAAAGCAGUGGGAGGUGUGCAAUGACUACCCCUCUCUGCAGGCUAUGGGAUGGUGUAACAACGAGAUCCGCUCCAUCCAGGUCAUGAGUGGCGCCUUUGUAUGCUACCAGUAUCCUGGUUACCGUGGUUACCAGUACAUUAUGGAGUGUGACUGCCACGGAGGCGAGUACAGGAACUACAGAGAGUACGGAUGCCACGCUCAGACCCCUCAGAUCCAGUCGAUCCGCAGGAUCCAGCACUGAGAUCGGCUGUGUCCUCUUUACCUCUUCCUCCUUCUGACCCCCAGUUCCUUUCAUUCUCUCUAUCCCUCUGUUCCCAGCCAUGCAGGAUGGUCUGUUGACCAGGCAGGUUGGUAAGCUGGUGCUACGCCAAUGCAACAAGUCCACUGCACUUUCUAAUCCACUACGCAAAGAAAGAAAGGAACGAUGAGAAACAGAGAAAUCUGUUUCACUACGAGCGUAUGGACAUGGUGUACUGAAAAACCAGGAACAGUGCUCUGCUUUCGUCAUGACUAUUAUCAUGAUUGUAGCCAUUGCAGUUUUCAUGGUCAACUUCUGUAUGAUAUUUGAUGAAUAAAGAAAAUAAGCAUAAAAGCCAAACACACAGAAAUGAAUAA